AUGCUUAAAAACAGCUGGAUAUGGUUCAUCUUGUUGUAGUUGCACAUUUGUUUGUUAUGAAAUAAAAUUUGUGAAAUUUUAAUUUUACUUAUUCCUCUUAUAAAAUGAACACAGUGAAAAUCGCACAGGCUUUGCUCCGGAUAAGGCCGGCGUUAUGUUCACAGCAGCGAUUGAUGGCACAAAAACUAGGCAAUACAAAAACCAGCAGCAAGACCUCUCCCGAAUCCGAAGUCAAUAAUGAGCCCAUACAAUAUUUUGGCAGUGAUGCUGCUUCCUGGCGUGCCAAGGACACUCGCAGUGGUGGCUCCGAUGAACAUUUGUGGUAUCAGCCCUAUGUCAUCUCUGGCAGUCUAGCCAUAUUCCUAUUGUAUUUCUGCGUACUGCGAGAGGAAAGUGAUAUCGAUUUGAAACUCGAAGGAAACCUAUACGAACAUGUUCAUGGUCUGGAGGAAGUUCAAUUGACAAUGAACUAUAAAUACAAUAAGGAAAAUGGUUUGGAUAAUCGCGAAGUAAUCAAGAGGCUCGGCGAGUUGGGCAUUGAUGUAAAGCUAUUGGAUGCGAAAUAGUUUGAAGGAAGAAAGCAUUACAACCUAUACUAUAUUAAUUAAGGAAUAAAAUUAUCGUUACAAAAUCCUAUCAAAAAAUUAAAGUAUAAUUGAAAACAAAAGAA